AUGUCACCCACUCUUCUUUCUUCCGACCACGAAGAGGACGUCACGACUGAUACUGACUACUUCUCCAGGGGCUUCGACACUCAGCCAGAAGCCAAAGAACAGGAUGCUACGCCCAAACCAUUCGCCGACAACUGGAGAUUCACGCCUUCCAUCAUGGACCCCAACUCGUUCGCGUUUUCAGCCUUUGCAAACCAACCGCCCGGAUACUACACCCCUACACCUGGUGGCUUCGGAACCCUUUAUCAUCCCCAAGCCGGCGACCUGCACACGCCGGGCAUGGGGAUGAAUACACCAUUGUCCAUGCCGCACUCUAUUCAUAGCCUGCACGCGCAGGAUCCCAUGAUGCAUCUCCAGCACUUUAACCCUCACCUCUUACACCAACCUCAUGUAUUUCACGACCCGUUCCACCAGCAAGCACCCGUGCAUGUGCCGCCACCACAGCAACCACAGGCUUUUGCACCCCAGCAGUUUCUUCAACAUCAGGAUUCUGGCUACGUCGCAAUGGACGACACCCCGCAAAAGACCACCCCGACACAGCUUGAGAUGGGAGGCCAGCGACAGUUGAGCAGGGGCCGUUCUAUCCAGCAGUCCAUGCCAGGCAUGGUUGGAAUGACUAGCCUACCAAUGGGCGAGCAAUUUCGAUUCCAUACCACGCUGAAUGCGCCCACAGCAAUGGUUCGACAUGCAGACGAAAUUCCCAUCACCUACCUCAAUAAAGGCCAGGCUUAUACCAUGUCGAUUUGGGACCAGACUCCGCCCAUGACACAACUUCCCGGAAACACACCUUUCCAGUACCGCACCUAUGUCCGAGUUUCGUUCGAGGACGAACAACAGCGUGCUCGCCCGGGGUCUUGUUGGCAACUGUGGAAAGAAGGUCGCGGCUCAAAUGAGGCCCACCAGCGCGGAGGCAGGCUUCUUGCCGUAGAAUACGUGGAACCCGAAUUGGGCGAUGAUGAACUGCGGAAAGCGCAGGUCCAACUUGAAAAGGCGUCUUUUGACGGCUUUGCAGUGACAUGGUUUCCUGACUCUGUGAAUGGUGGCCCGGAUUGCAAUAUCUCGCUGCGCUUCAAUUUUCUUUCGACAGACUUCAGCCACUCCAAGGGCGUCAAAGGCAUCCCGGUUAGAUUGUGCGCGAAAACCGAGCUCCUCAGCCCGACCGGCACCGGUAACGAACCAGAAGUAUGCUUCUCCAAAGUCAAGCUCUUCCGAGAUCAUGGCGCGGAAAGGAAGCUCUCGAACGAUGUCGCGCACGUGAAGAAGACAAUUGAAAAAUUGAAGCAACAAAUUGCCCAAGCUGAAGCAGGUUUGGUGAAUUCUGGCAAGAGGAGAAGAAGCGGAUCCGUGGCCAAACCUUCCGGUUCUCGACCAGGCAAAGUCGUCAAGCACAAGCGAACUUGGUCAGUGGACUCUGAGAGCGAGGGCCUCAAGUUCUCCGCUGAGGAAGACCUUCAGAUGAAGCUGGUCAGCAUGCAGGAUAUGUUCUCUUCGACGAGGCCCAUUAGUGUGCUCUUCCUUCGAGGCGAUGCAGAGGACGAUCCGGAUCUACAUCCGGUCAAAUUACCUGGUGACGAUCCUGACAUGAAGGAAAUCGUCAGGACAACGACUUGGGAGUCACGCCCAAGCGUUUCAGACUCACCCACAUCCAAUGCCGGGUCUCCAAGUACGAGUUCGGCAUCCCAGGCAACUCCGAAGAAGAAAUUUUCGCAGUUGCAACAUUCGGCGAUUCAAGAAGAGGGUGAAAGCGAGGCUGAAAAUAGGCCAACGACCUCGACGUCGAGGCUUAUCAAGAUACCGAAGACGGAACCUGACUCGGCAUCAAAAAAAGACCUAUUUGCGGUCGACGUGGACAGUAGUUACCAUCCGCCAAUUGAGAAACCAAUCCGACCAGUGGCAUGUUUUUAUGUGCGUCAGAAAGAUGCGGCCAAAGAAUAUUAUCGGGCGGUCUAUCUGAUGGAAAGAACGGUCAAGGCUUUAAUUCAUGGCAUCGCGGAGAAAUUCAACAUAGAUGCUUAUCGGGUCACCCAAGUGACCCAUAUCAACUCCCGAGGACUACAUAUCAUUGUCGACGAAGAUGUCGUCCGAGAACUGGCCGAAGGACAGGACAUGGUUGUCGAAUUCACCCCAGGCCAGCCCGAUUCAUCCCAGAAACAAGAAUUUGUUGCCCGAUCCAGCACCGAAGUCAUGGUGGAUGGUGACAUUGGACCUACCGACACGUCGAUCCUGGAUCCUCUGGAGAUGUGGCUGAAUUAUUGA